UCCGCCGCGCAGGCACCAACGCGAGCGCCCCGGGGUCCUCGGAGCCGGAAGCGCCUGUUCCUCCUUCCGGCGUCCAGAGCGACGGGCGGCGAGGCUCGUUCGAGUGCUCGCGGCGGCUUCGCCGCACUGGGGAAAGAUGGUGGGCCGGAACAGCGCCAUCGCCGCCGGCGUGUGUGGGGCGCUCUUCAUCGGCUACUGCAUCUACUUCGACCGCAAAAGGCGGAGCGACCCCAACUUCAAGAACAGGCUUCGGGAACGAAGAAAGAAACAGAAGCUUGCCAAGGAGAGAGCUGGGCUUUCCAAGUUACCGGACCUUAAAGAUGCUGAAGCCGUUCAGAAGUUCUUCCUUGAAGAAAUACAACUCGGUGAAGAGCUGCUAGCUCAAGGUGAAUAUGAGAAAGGUGUGGACCAUCUGACAAACGCAAUUGCUGUUUGUGGACAGCCACAGCAGUUGCUGCAAGUGUUACAGCAAACUCUUCCACCACCAGUGUUCCAGAUGCUUCUGACUAAGCUCCCAACAAUUAGUCAGAGAAUUGUGAGUGCUCAGAGCUUGGCUGAAGAUGAUGUGGAAUGAGAAACGUCAACAUAAUAAAAUCUCAGAUAAAAAUGUUAAAAA